UCCAAACACGAAAGAAAAUAUCCAAACCCUAGUUUUUUCAAUUUACCCGCAAAAAAUCAAUUUUAAUGGCUCCCAAGGCAGAGAAGAAACCUGCUGAGAAGAAGCCAGCCGAGGAGAAGAAAACUUCGGUGGCAGAGAAGGCACCAGCUGAGAAGAAGCCUAAGGCCGGAAAGAAGUUGCCGAAGGAGGCCGCGGCCGGAGACAAGAAGAAGAAGCGCGUGAAGAAGAGUACUGAGACAUACAAGAUCUACAUCUUCAAAGUCCUGAAACAAGUCCACCCUGAUAUCGGAAUCUCUUCAAAAGCUAUGGGAAUCAUGAACAGUUUCAUCAACGAUAUCUUCGAGAAGCUUGCUCAAGAAGCCUCCAGGUUGGCAAGGUACAACAAAAAGCCCACUAUUACUUCUCGGGAAAUUCAGACAGCUGUGAGACUUGUACUUCCUGGCGAGCUGGCUAAGCACGCUGUUUCUGAGGGUACCAAGGCCGUAACCAAGUUCACUUCAUCUUGAAGGAAUUUAUAUCAAUUUAAUUGAUACUGUGUGUCUGUGUAGCUAAGUAGGGUUAGGAAUUUAAUUUUAGUAGAU